AUGGUCAGGGAGCAAAGUAUAGAGUCAUUUUAUACUCGGUUACGCGAAUCGGCACGAGCCUCGGCUUCCUCCACUCCUUUGCUAAUUUUCCCCUCGACUUCUGAUGUCGAUUCGCUAUGUGCUUUGAAAAUAAUAGGCCAUGUUCUUGAAUCCGAUUCGGUUAGGUAUGCCUGCUACCCAGUUUCGAGUUUCAAGGAAAUCCAUAAGUAUGCAGGGCCUUCUUUGAGUUCGUCCUCGGAUGAACCCAUUACAAUUUUGCUGAUAAAUUGGGGGUGCCAUAGGGAUCUUAGGAGGGAUCUUGAAAUCGGUCCCUCUGCACGUGUUUUUGUUGUUGAUAGUCAUAGGCCGAUUCAUUUGCAUAAUUUGAGCAGCCAGAAUGAUCGUGUAGUUGUGCUUUAUGCAAAGGAGGAUGAGCACCAAGCUGAUUUGGUAUAUGAUUUUGACGUGUCUUCUUUGGCCAACGAAUGUGAUUUGAACAGUGACAAUGAGUUUGAAGAUGAUUCAGAUAGCGAAGAUGAGAGCGAUAGUGAGGAAGAGGAUGGUGGGGGUGGAACUCGAAAGAGGAGGAGAUUUUCGGAGGAAAAUGAGAGCGAUCCAGUUAAGCUUUUUAGAAAGUUGAAAAGAGAAUAUUAUUACAUGGGUACUUUCCACGGGAAGCCAUCAGGGUGCUUGAUGUAUGAGCUAUCUCAUUCAUUGAGGAAGAACACUAAUGAGUUGCUUUGGCUGGCUUGUGUAGCUUUGACUGACCAGUUUGUACACGAGAGGUCAACAGAUGAAAGGUACCAGGCUGGGGUAAUGGAGCUCGAGCAGCACAUCAAUAGCUCGGGAAACUUGGAUGCUAUUACCUCGGUGACUCUCAAGGAUGGCACAAAGGUUACUGCUCCUGAUACUUCUCGAAUAGCUUAUGAGGAUGAGCCAAGGUUGAUGUUAUUGCAAGAAUGGAACUUGUUUGAUUCGAUGCUAUGCUCAUCCUACAUUGCAACUAAAUUGAAAACUUGGAGUGACAAUGGGUUGAAAAAGAUGCAGCUUCUUUUAGCUCGAAUGGGAUUUGCACGGGAGGAAUGCAAACAGAAGUUCCAGUAUAUGAGUGUAGAGAUCAAACAUAGAAUGAAGGAUAUGUUUGAACAAUAUCUACCGGAGUUUGGGCUUACAGAUUUUUAUUACAGAGGUUUUUUGCUACUUCAUGGGUAUAGCUCAAAAAUCUCUGCUGCAGAUGUGGUAUAUGGUGUGACUGCCCUGCUAGAGGCAUCUCUAGAAUUGGAUGGCUCCUCCGGUUCGAAGCAGUUUGGAGUAGCUUAUGAUGCCUUGUCCCUAAGCAAACUCGAGAAGCUGGAAAUGGGAAUGCGACAAGCUAUCAAGGUACAAAGAGCAGUUCUUAGACAAGGCAGUACAGCUAUAACCAAGAAAGGAUCAAUAAGAAGUGGAAGUAAAUUCCGGUGGGUGAAACUCGAAGAUUCAACUGAUGCUGAACUCUUAUGCCACCCUCAGGCUUUAACUAAAUUUGGAUAUUUUCUGAUGGAUGCUUUACGUGAGAAGGGAGCAAGAAUGAAGCCUUUGGUCUGUGUAUGCUACACUAACGAGCGAAAGAAGGUAUUGAUAGUUGGGGUCUGUGGGAAGCCACGGCUAGGUGCAGUUCAAGGAAAUGCAUUCGGCUUGGCUUUCAGAAGUGCUGCUGAAGAUACCGGAGCUGAGUACUUCCACGAGCUGUUUGAAUCAUCAUGGAUAGUUUUGGAUGCAGUAGCUGUAAAUUCAUUCAUGAUCAGGUUGACAGAGAAGCUUUUAUAA